AUGUUACAAUUGUGGAUCACUUCAAAAAAUUACCAAAUACUGAUUCCACUACUCACUUUUUUUUUACAAAUGGUUUCCGGUAGCUAUCAUGAACGACGUCUUUACGAAGACCUUAUGAAAGACUACAAUAAUUUGGAACGUCCAGUACAGAAUCACUCACAACCUGUCGUGAUAUAUUUGAAAGUAUCAUUACAACAAAUUAUUGAUGUUGACGAAAAGAAUCAAAUCGUUUACGUAAAUGCCUGGCUCGAUUUUGCAUGGAACGAUUAUAAAUUGAAAUGGGACAAAGAUGAAUACGGGAAUAUAACAGAUGUCCGAUUUCCUGCUGGCAAAAUUUGGAAACCUGAUGUGUUACUGUACAAUAGCGUUGAUCCAAAUUUCGAUUCUACUUAUCCUACCAAUAUGGUCGUAUACAAUACAGGUGAUAUUUCAUGGAUUCCACCGGCAAUUUUUAAAAUUAGCUGUAAAAUUAAUAUCGAAUGGUUUCCAUUUGACGAACAGCGCUGCUUUUUUAAGUUCGGUUCCUGGACUUAUGAUGGAAAUAAAUUGGAUUUGCAGCCAGGAAAAGGUGGCUUUGACAUUUCUGAAUAUAUGCCAAGUGGUGAAUGGGCUCUACCAAUGACAACAGUGUCAAGAACAGUUAAAUUUUAUGAAUGUUGCCCCGAACCAUAUCCUGACCUCAAAUUUUAUUUACAUUUAAGGCGCCGCACUCUAUAUUAUGGUUAUGACUUUUAUUCUCCAUUAAAGAGUUGCUUUAAUUUAAUAAUGCCCUGUAUAUUAACGACAAUGAUGACGCUGCUUGGUUUUACGCUUCCACCUGACGCUGGCGAAAAAAUUACUUUGCAAAUAACAGUCUUACUAUCAAUAUGUUUUUUCCUCAGUGUUGUAUCUGAUAUGUCUCCACCAACUUCAGAAGCAGUGCCACUUUUAGGAAUAUUUUUUUCUUGUUGUAUGAUUGUUGUUACGGCAUCAACCGUAUUUACCGUAUAUGUAUUGAAUUUGCAUUAUCGAACACCAGAAACGCAUGAAAUGGGUGCCUUGACUAAAACACUACUGCUAUACUGGUUACCAUAUUUUCUCCGCAUUAACCGACCAGGUGUAUAUUUAUCUUGGGAGACCUUACCACCAUUAUUUCCAUGUACAAAACCAAAAAGGCAUAGCGAGUCAUUAAUACGAAACAUAAAGGAAGCAGAGUGCAGCUCAAGGUCGAAUUCUUUAGAUGUUGAGCGAAGGGUUUACCAAUAUAUGAGUGGUAUAUCCAAUGGUAAAAGCACUGCCUCAACAAUGAUAAACGGGCCUUCAUCUCUGCAAUUAAACUCAUCUAUUGAUAUCGGAGAACAAGCAACCUUGCUCAUUUUACAACGAAUCUAUCAAGAAUUGAAGAUAAUAACUAAACGUAUGAUAGAUGCUGAUCGAGACGAUACUCAAGCAAACAACUGGAAAUUUGCAGCAAUCGUUGUUGAUCGCUUAUGUCUGUAUAUUUUUACAGUAUUUAUCAUUGCUUCAUCCUGCGGAAUAUUGCUUUCUGCACCAUACAUCAUUGCUUAG